AGAGAGAGAGAGAGAGCGAAACGUUCGCUGCAGUGAUCGUGCUUGUGUUCGCAGUGAAACGGACAGAGAGGUCGAGAGCGAGAGAAUUAUCAUGUAUAUGGAGGUUCCUUUGCAAUGGACAAUAGACUGCGGAUAACGUAACGUAAGGGGAGAAGAAUACACGUGAACGGGUUAGGCUUGUUCCUGACCGAAAAAUAGAAAACACACAACAAGGAUGAAACGUUUUGUAUGUUCGGUCGUGCGUUCGCUUUUUCAGAACACGAGCUAAUACGUCGAAGAGUUGGAAGUGUUCGCGUAGAGCGAACGUGCGUGUAUUGUGGGUGUAAAUACGCCUAUGUUUUCGAGUCGGAUGAAAUAGCGUGGUAUGUCACGAGCACUGAGAAUUCCGCGCGGUCCCGUUUUAUCUUCUCGAAUUUCUUUCAUGCAGAUAUUCCACGAAUAAUGGAGACGUUAUUACCGGGGAAUGCGAACAGUCAGUCGUAUAGCCCGCAGUUGAAGACCGUUUUGAAGACAUAUCAAUUAUCUGCUGUAAAAAGCUUACAGGGUCCAAGCUCGGCCCUGCUUGGUAUGGACUGCAAAAGCCUACUGCAGGAGGAACCCUGUUAUUCGCCCAACCGAUCGAGUGGUUGCGUUGCCGAUGCGGAGCCGAUCUCUAAGGACACCGUCGAAAAGGACAACAAUCCGUCGGUAACGCCUAUUGGCUCUUGCAAGACCUCGGUUCGUAGGAGCGAGCAAUCGCACGAAGACUCCGACGAAGAUCCGCAACUAGAACGUUCGAAGAACACCUCUGAGAAGAGGGAAUUGGAGUUUCAGAUACCGAUCUUGACAGCACCGGACCAAAGUUGCUCCGAGAGAUGCGAGACGAUCCUUGAGGGCGAGAGGAUAUCGUGUUUUGUCGUAGGCGGUGAGAGGAGGUUAUGUUUACCGCAGAUAUUGAACACUGUUCUGCAAGAAUUUUCGCUUCAUCAAAUCAAUCAAGUCUGCGACGAGUUACAAAUUUAUUGUUCGCGAUGCACCCGUGAUCAAUUGGAAGAACUUAAGCAUUCGGGGAUUCUACCGCGCAACGCACCUUCCUGUGGCCUUAUCACUCAAACAGAUGCCGAGAGGCUCGUCAGUGCUUUGCUGUUACGGACAGAGUCGUGCGAUCCCUCUCAGAUCGGUAAUCAAGAUAGCCUCGAUAAGAAAGCAUGUACCAAAAGUGACGACGAGGAGUCUAUUGUCAAGUUUAAGGUGUAUCACGAGUGCUUCGGUAAAUGUAAAGGAAUCUUCGAUGCGAGUCUGUUCGAGUCGGACGAGUCUGUAUGUAUAGAGUGUACAGAUUGUGGUUAUCAAUUCUCGCCUCAACGUUUUGUCAGACAUGCUCAUAGAUCUCUUGAAAAUCGUACCUGUCACUGGGGCUUUGAUUCUGCAAAUUGGCGAGCAUAUCUGUUGCUUUCGCGAGAUCAAGAUCAUUAUAACAAAUCGCUCAGCUUGUUUCGAGAACUGAAGGAGAAACAUCUCACACUGGGCUCGAAACGAAAGUCAGAGUUGCGGCACGAUUCGGAGAAAUUAAAACGAAUUAGAAAAGAUAUAGGAAGAGAAGAUUGUCCAGGAAUUUAUAAUGGAAACGGCUUAGGCAUGUAUCAUCCUGUAUCUCAGGUAGCUAAUACAACUGAUCCAUAUCUACAAAUGUCAUGGGCAGUCUUUGAAUUAGCAGCUAGAGGAGCUUCAGCUUUUAGACCGUGGAAUACCACAAAUACUUGCAAGCAUAAGGAUAAUUCAUCAUUGGUGCCUGCGUAUCUCAGUCGUGGUCCACCUGUACUACAACAUCCAGAGCAUGUGGUUCCUCUGUCUGAAUGCAAACGUUUUGAACCGCAUUUUCAACCAAACGUAGCCUUAGCACCUAUACCUGCACCAUCAGUGCCUGUAGUACUUCCACCAUCUGCUCAUCAUCAACGACGACUUCAUCAUGAACAUAAACGUUAUAAUCAUCAUUUGUCGAGUUCUAACGAGAAGAAAGAAGUUUCGUCGGAUAACGUCAAGUCUGAAAUAACAUCUCCCAGUUCCGCUAUCGGCGUGUAUUCCGUAUUCCCUUCAUACGCACCGAAUACGACCGAAAGCGAUCAGAAAGAACUGUCACAAAAGACUAAGCACGAGAUGGGUGAAGAAGAAGAAAGUAGUGCUGCUGUAACAUCUUCGACGAUAAACAUAGAACCACCUUUAGCCGAAAUUGGAACCUCUUCGCUGGAAAGUGAUUCCGACUCGGAAGGAACGGCAGCGAUAGACUUGGAGGAAAGGUUAUUAGCUUUGGAUGUACCACAAGAUGUUCUAGAAUUGGCACGACGCAUAGUUUCAGAAAAUGCACAAUUACGACGUCAUCGGCGUUCAGACGCACGCGAAAUAUCACGAUUACGCAAUCAGUUACAAAUGCAGCAAAUACAAUCAUCUAAUGAUGGUGAUAAAAAGGAGGAACUGAUAAACGCAGCGAGUGCAGCAGACAGUACAGAAGGUAGUGAGGAAACGGAAGUUGUAUUACCGUCAACUAAUAAAGAGUCUGAACCUAUUGUUCUAGCUGUUAGUAAAGAAUAAAAUCAGUGAUUAGAGUUUUUUAAAUUAUUUAAUACAAAAUUGCUCAGCAAUUUUUUGCAACGCUCAUCUUUUAUCAGAUAAGCAUGCAUUAAAUUUAGUACUAGCUAUAACGAUAAUGAUAAAUUCUAAAUAAAUAACAAUUGUUUAGAUUAUGUGAUAUAUAGAAAGCCUUUAACAUUGUAGUCGUUAAUUUGAAAGUUUUAUUGUAACCAAUACUUUCAUUAUAUCGAUUUUAAUUAAAAUCGAAUGUAGAUAUUGUAAUAUAUAGAAAAAGUAACAUAAGUUAACCAAAAUUUAUUAUGCCAUUUAAUAUUAUACUUAAUGGUUUUUAAAUAAGUUUCUUAUGCAUAUUAAAUAUGCAUAUACCACAAAGAUUUUAUGAUCAUUUGUUUAAUUAUAAAAUUAAACAAUGGUCAGAAAAUAAGAGAUUAAAUUACUUUUCAUUUACUUUUUUAUAGUCAUGAUUGCAUAAUGUAAAUAAUGACCCAAGUAUCAUAGAUAUAUGUUUAUAUUGAUAAUAUUAUUAUGUAAAAUAUUGCUAAAGUACAAAAAAUCUUUAGGUGCUAUAUUAUAUUAGGAAUGUUCUAAGCAGAAAUCUAGGUGUAUUUCAAUUCAUAUUACAUCGUAAUAUCGAAAAUCUCGAUUAUGUUCUAGUUAUUGUCCUAUUAUAGCGUUAAUAAUUGCGAAAUUUUAUUUCGUCCUAAUAAUUUUUUUGUUAGAGUGAUUAGUUAAUCUAUAUAUUUCAAAAUUGCGAAAUUAUUAUUCAAAUGAUAUAUCAUAGUAAAUCGAAAUUUAAUUUAUAUUUGAAAAAGUUAUUACAUUUUUGUAUGUUGAAUUAUUCUUGUAUUAUAAGAAGAAAUUAUUUUCAACUUGUUAAAUAUACAUUCAUUAUAUCACGAACCAUUGGAUAAAGGAUGGAAUAUAUUAUUUCGUAAAAGAAUGUGUAAAAUCGUGUUAUGAAUAUUUUUUUCUGUCUUUCUCUCUUUUUUUUUAUAUUGAUAUUUAUUUGUGACAUGUAUCUACAUAUCAUUUUAGUUAUAUGUAAAAUUAAAAGAAUUUAACCCCGUGGGUUUUGAAAUAUUAAAUGUGAUUUAUUAUAAAUAUUUUUACACGAUCAGAAAUUAAUUUGUAUGAACAUAAUAUAAUCCAUAUUUAUAAGCAAUUCUGAAAUGAAGUUAUAAGCACAACUAAUUUUUAUUUAAUGUUAUUUUCAUUUCUACUCGUUAUAAUAAUAGAAGCAACACAUUUUUUCCAAUUAUCCUUGCAAAAGCAACACUGACUUAGAGAUAUACCUAGAUACAUAUUAGACAUCUAAGUAUAAGAAAAUACGGAUAUGAAAAUAUAAAGAUUAUAAAGAAAGAAUAUUUGUACAUGUUCUUGAUAUAUAUUUCUUUUUAAUCUUAUUAAUUUAAAUGUUUGCCUUUAUUUCUUUAUUUUCUUAAAUUUGUUAUCAUUGUAUUGUUUAUUCCAUCUCGCAAUAUGUAAAAUUAUUAUAAUUUAAACAUAAAUUUUAAAAAUUCAAUGUAUUAUUGUUGAAUCAUAACAUGAUUUCGUCCCUUUUUUUCUAAAGGGCUAGUUAAAUUUUUCAAAUAUAUAAAAUUUUUUAAAAAUUAAACAUAUAUUGGAAAGGUUAUUUUAUAAGCUUUAUAAGCUUUUUGUAUCAGAUACAUUUUAGAACAGUAUGAAAUAAAUCUCACACAUAUUUACAUAUGAUAUAGCAAGAAAAAAAAAACAGUAACUAUACAACAGUUGUGUAUUUGAAAUAAACAUAUACACAUAUUUCGAGACUGCUUCGGAGAUCUCUUAUCACAUACAUUUUUCUAACAUAACAAGAGUGCCAGUAAUUCUUGUAUCAUAUUGAAGCACAACGCAUAAGAAAUUUCCAUUUUCAAUUUUCUUAUUCAUAAACACUUCGCUUUUUAAACCUAAGUAAAUCAUGAAUUUCCAAAGCAAUCCAUUAAAGGAAGGAAAAAAAUUGAUAAAAAUAUAUAAAUAUAAUUGAAUACUUAGGAUAAAUGCAUUCAUUAUUAUAUUCCAUAUAACAUUUGGUCAAUAUAUAUAUUCGAACUUCAUAUAUAUAUAUCAUAUAUAUAUAUGACAUGUAAGUUACAUUGUAUUGUUGUAAUAAUAUAAGCAUCCCACCUAAGGUGAACAGUGUAAUAAUUUAUGAUUUUCAUACACUCAGUUUAUUAUAGAAUAUCUAGAAUAUUGUAGUAAAUAAUACAUGCACGAAUUGCAUACAAAACUCGAUUGUUUGCAUAUAUCUGAGAUCUGCGUAUAAAAAUUUUCAAUAAAAAAAUCAUGUAACUGCCAUGACUAAAGAUGUAUUUUAAUUUUGAAUGGAUGACGUAUUUUAAGUUAAAGUGGGAAAUUAUAAAUACAUAAUACGUGACGCCUGACUUUAUUAACAUUUAUGCACGGAAACGCAUUAAUGUGGAUUUCGUUCGUUCGAAUAAAUAUUUUUCUGCCGAUUCUCUUGGAGUGAUUUAUAAGAGGGUACAAAACGUUAUUAAGUGUUUCGUAAAUAAGAAAUACUGUUAUUGUUAUGGUAUAUUCGGUUCAAUUUGCACUGUCGAAUAGUAACUAGUAUACUUAUUGCAUUAUUAUACGCAUACGUUCAAUAUUAUGCGUGAUAUUGUAGCCAAUGUGCGUAUAUUUAUGCAUUAAUAUCAGAAAACUCGUUCGAUUCUCAUUUCAAAUAUAGUAGGCUAUAAUAGGAUUUCGUGCUCAUGAUAGAUGUAAUGAUACGAAAUACUAAUCGAACGAAUUUCGAUGUCCCAUUGUUUUCUCUUUACAUGCCCAUGAAUCCGGAACUCAAGAAAAUAAACUAUUGAGCGAUAUAGAUAAAGCGUUCGUUAUAUGCUAAAUAUUCAGACGCAAUAAAACAUAAUUAUUCGACGCAAAUUAUUUCAUAGAAUUUAAAUGACCUUAUACGUGAUAAUUAUAAGAUAGAAUUAUGCGUAAAAUAUUGCUUCGUGAAUGAACUUAGUAACUAGUGUUUAUUGGUCUUUAAUAAAAUAUAUACAUGCAUAAGUAGAAUGCACACUCAUUAGAGAGAAAGAGAGAGAGAGAGAAGUAUGAUGAAACGUUUUAUUUCAGACUGAUUUCGAGUUUAUUUCGUCGAUAAAACAAACAAUGAAUAGAAGCUAUGUUAAUCAAUUAGUAAUAAUAUGAAAACAAUUGGUAUUUACCGGGGACGUGGUAUGUAUAUUAUGUUAGUAAAGUGUGCUGAGAUUCUCGCGUAAUAAAUUAUCUCGGAUACGCUAUCAAUAGUUUAUUUUCUUAAUUUAUACUUACUCUUCGAUAAACGACAUAAUAGAUUUAGACGUGCAGUAGCUUACGAAAGUAUUUGAACACCGACCAUAGAAAUCUUUUAUAUUUAUUGCACACACGUGUUACACCAAACAUUUUAAAUUUUCAAUAGCACAGUAACGACACGAUCAUGUCAUAAUUGUACAUGUAUUGCACAUGAAUUUGAAACUUGAGUAUGCAAUUUUUAGAUGUUUCGAAAUUUUGCCAGUAUAUUCAUGGUAAUCAAAGUCUCAUUGCUACGAAUGAAAUUUAAAAAUGUUUCGUGUCACGCGUGCAAGAUAUUCGUAAAAGAUUUUUACGAUUGUUCGAAUACUUUUACGAGCAACUAUAAAUGUGUUUCGUACAUUACAUAAUACUCAUAAGGAAUUAAGUACAUAAAAGAAGUGCAAUACGAAAGUACAAAAUUUGAUGUUUCAUUUGAAUUUUAUAUAUUUUACAACAAAAGAAAAGAACAACAAAAGAGAUACGUGCGGAUAGCUUUUUCGAUAUUCUAAAUUUUUUUAAGAUAUAUAAGACUUUCGAGAAUCUUUUACUAUCAGAAUAUCUUUACUGUAUGUAAGACCAUGUCCCUGAUAACGUACUUACAUAUAUAACGUUGAACUUUUGAAUAAUAUUGUCUAAUAAUAAUAAAAAAAAGAAAUGAAAGCGGUUUAGAACGAUUUAAUGUUAUACAAUUUUCUAACCACUUUAAACAUUAUCUUGAAUUUUUGUAUGACCGAAUUUCUAUAUUCGAACGACGAAUUCCAUGUUCUUAUGGAUGGAUAUUUAAUAUAUGAAGUAGCUCCGGUAGUGAUCUGAUUUUUCGCAUAAUUGUAGGGUAAAUGUAUAUAUAAUUAUUUUCAAAAAAAAAAAAGAAUACUCAUUGUUAAAUGUAUA